AUGGCCAAGCUGCUGCCUCCUCACCGUGGACUGGGACUCGGCCCACGGCCCCACACGGCUCCGAUCCCUACCACACACCUCUUCAGAGGAAGACAGACAGGUGAGGUACCCGGGAAGACAUGGAUCCAGACACACAGGGUCCACCCAGUAACCAACCAUCCACUCACCCUGGACAAGGUGGAGCCUCUGAUUCAUGGCAGCCUGGCACAAAUCAAGUCAGCCUUCAUAGCAGUGGAUCCCGAUGGGACAGGGCUGGUGAGCAAGGAGGAGUUCAGACGAGUCCUCGAGGGGCUGCUGUGCAUCAGCCAGAACCAGCUCGACACUCUGGUCCACAAGGUGUGUGAGAGGAGCGGGGAAGCGGUGGACUACAUGCAGUUCCUGAGGAGCUUCAGGCAAGCCCCCGCGGCCCGCAGAGCCUGCAGCAGAGGCGGCAGCGCAAGUUCUCUCAGGCGUGGCCCACAGAACGCCUCCAUGUCCCUGUGUGACAUGCAGAAGCAUCUCAAAGAUAAGAUCGGAGGCAACCUGACGACCGUGAUCAGAGCGCUGCGGCUGUUUGACUACAACCGAGAAGGACACAUCCAGCAGCACGAGUUCCGCCGCAUCCUGGACAACUACUGCAUCCACCUGACAGACAAGGAGUUUCAGAGGUUGUGGAAUCACUACAGUCCCAGAAACAUGUCCACCAUUUCCUACGAACACUUCCUGGAGGAGCUAGGCUUUGGUGACAGCCAUGACUUCAGGAUUGCUCCAGUCUGCACUAAGCUAGAGCCGUCCAGCCGAGGGACCACUCCGCCUGAGACCAUCAAACAGAGGACGCAGAGACCAGGAUCUCUGUCCAGCUCAUCAGUCCUUCCACACAGGAAGCUGCAGUCUCUCUUCUACGACAAGAUGUGUAUGAACUCUACCCCGGUGUGGCAAGCGCUGCAGGCCUUUGACACCACCCACUCUGGCCUGGUAGAACAGGAUGUCCUCAGGGCCGUUCUUAGCAGCUUUAUGUUUCCCAUGAACCCUCACUCCUUCCAGAAGCUUACCAGCCGCUACGGUGUGAGAGCAACAGGGCCAGUGAGGUGGAAGCACUUCUUGGGCCACUUCACGAGCCCGCUCAAAGAAGAGGGCGCUGCAGAUCUUCCCCCUGAGAGGGCCUUCCAGCAGCCUUCCCCAGAUGACUUGCAUGUACAGAGCAUUUACCCUCGACUGAAAGACAUCCUCCAUCUGUUGGACACGAAGGAGGCAGACUGCUUCACCCGGGCAGACCUGCGACAUUUGCUGGAGAAAGCAGGUGGGACUCAGCCCCGAAACACCCGGGCCCGUCUCCUUCCUUCCCAGAUCACAGAGCUGCUCAACGCACUGGACCCUGAACACACCGGGGUCAUCCCGAUGGCCAACCUGGAGAGACUCAACCCCAACAUCAGCUCUGCUCCCAGCGCGGCACCACCACCCUCCCCGGCUAACACUGCUGAGCCUCUGGAUGUCCCUGAGAUGGCUGAACACACUGCUCUCAGUUCAGUGCUGGCAGCUCUGGCGCUGUGUGACCCUCAGCGCACCGGAUACGUCACACAGGAAGAUCUGAGGAAGGUCUUAAGCUGCUAUGGCAUGCCCAUCACAGACACACACUUCAGCAAGCUCUGUGAGACCUCCAGCUCAAGACAUGGCAACUCUUCGGAGCUGGUUUGUUACACCGGCUUUCUCAGAAACCUGGGAGUACCACUAGCACAUGAAACACACACAUCCUCAUCCCACAAAGAGAGUUACCGUAAUGACAGGCCGCGCACAUCACGUCUGUCGAGCCCACAGUCAGUCAAAGGGCAGCGGCCUCCUUCCAGCCUGCGUGUCGGUCCAGACACCUGCAACAUCCUGGACAUCAUUUUCCAGAGGAUGAGACUGAGGUUGGAGCAGCGGCACACCAGCCUGACUGACCGCAUCCAGGCCGUCACCCACAGCUCUGAUGGGACGCUGUCAGAGGCAGAUCUACGGAAAGUCCUAGAGGACAGCUGGGUCAUGUUGGACGAGAGGAAUUUCAGCAGGUUCACUGAGCUGCUGGGCGUCCGGAACGGGCAGAUCGAGAGCUCGGCGUUCCUCACCAAGUACGAGGAGGCCAUAGCCAGAGGCGGGCAGCAGGCCUCUGAGGGUCAUGGGGAAAAGGAUGAGGUCGACCCCCAGCUUAUGUCUGCGGAGCAGUGCCUGGCUGCCAUGAAGACCAGGAUCAGGACCAUCCAUGGGGACAACCUGACGGCAUUCCGCCUGAUGGACAGGAAGCGCAAAGGCGUGGUCGACUGCCAUGAUUUCAGACUGCUGUACAACAGCCUGGGAUUUUUCUGCGGGGAGGAAGAGUACCAGCGGCUACUGGAUCUGACUGGCCUGCGUCCCGGAGGCAACCUCAACUACGCAGAAUUUGUUGAUGUUGUUGAAAAUAACGGCAAACGCAAACAAGGGACUCAGAGAGCUAGUGUACAAGAGCAGCUCCACGAACUCCUGGCCCGUGACGCACGCUACAAGUGGACAGACAUGUCUAAGGUGCUGUGCCAGUUUGACGCAGACGGCCACGGUUGGAUCCAAAAACAGAGCCUGAGGAGACUCCUCUUCACCUACGCCCUUCCCCUGAGAUCUGAUGAGUUUGACCAGCUUUGGUCAAGGUAUGACCCAGAGUGGCGGGGUUGCGUAGCGGUAUGUGACUUCCUGGAAAAGCUGGGGUUUCAUCACGAGGAGCAAAUCAGGCCUCAGAGCCGGAAGCUGAACCGAAGUGUCGCCCAACAGGACACUGACAGACCGGUUUCCUCUGAUGCUGCCUCACCAGAGUGUUCACACCCAGAUCUCCUUCUUCUUAGCCUCCUCCAGGUCUUCCUGGGAGAUCCUGAAGCUUUCCCAGAGUAUCAGCUCAAUGUUUCCACGGGUGAAAACUGCAAGAGGCUGUCUUACAUGGAUUUCCUGUCUUCGUUUGACCAUAAAGCAGAGAAGAAGAAGCACGAGCCUCCUCCUGUGUCCCCUGAUGCUGUGCGUCAGAUAGAGUCUUUGGACAGCCUCAGCCCGGGCAUGGCUCUGGCUAGGAUGCGAGAACUAGUCACUGCCUCAGCACCUAAUCUGUACAAGGCGUUCUUAGCCUUUGACCGGAGUGGGACAGGGACGGUUAAAGCGCUGGAAUUUCGUCAGGUGCUACAUAAUUUUUGUGCCCGCCUGUCAGAUAAACAGCACCGAUACAUGCUGACUAAACUGGAGCUGGACUGUGAGAACUGCACUGUUAACUGGAAGGACUUCCUUAACAAGUUCCAAUCACAGAGCGCAGUGGUGAAUGUCAGCAGCAGGUACCUGACUAGGAUCAUGGGGCAAAUGACUAAAACUAGAUCCCCUAUCCAGACUAAGACCUCUGAAACCACAGAGCAGCUGCAGCAAAUCCAGAAAGGCUUCUCUUGUCACUUGUAUGAAAUUACCAAAGAGCUGGUGGGUUUGGACCCCUCCAACAGCACGUCAGUCUCUAAAGAACAGUUCAGACAGCUUUGUGAUUGCCACUGCCUGAGACUCAUAAAUGAUCAGUUUGAGCGUGUGUGGAGUCAGAUGCCUGCGAAUGAGCAGAGGAAGCUGCAGUGCAGAGAGCCUCUGAAGCGUGCUGGUGCUCUGGACGAGACCCCCCACACAGAAGCAGCAUCGCCUUCCCCUGAGCCCCGAGAUACAAAGUCUUGUUGUCCAGAUAUUGCAGGUGCCACUCUGCAACGCACUAAGUCGGCCCCCCAGUGCACCUCCAGGCGUCCUGCCUCAGUGGGGAGGCCGGGAACAGGAAGCCCGCUGGGCAGCGUGGAGAGGAGGCUGCGUGGGGCGGUGCAGCGCUGCUGGAGGGAGAUCCAGAGGAACUGUACCAAGGAGGAUCCUCAGCAAGAGGGACACAUCAGCGCUGCCUCUUUCCUGGACAUCCUCCGAUCUCUCGGCAUCGAUUUGACUCGGGAGCAGCUCGUGCAGCUGGCCGUGAAGUUUGACAUCAUGAAUAAUGGCUGUGUUUCAUAUCACAACUUCCUCCGUCACUUCCUCCUGAACCUAAAGCCAGCAGAGGCCAAGAGGGCGUUUGAGCGACGUGAACUCCCUCUUCCUGUUACGACGAGCCAGGGGGUUCUGAGCAAAGACUGUGUGAAGGUCAUGCUGAGGAUCUACGGCGUGGUGCGCUCCUCCUGGACCUCCGUCAGACGCCGCUUCCUGACGGCUGACCGCACCCGCGCGGGAACUGUCUCCGUGCAGGACUUCAGGAAGGUGCUGCGUCAUUUCAGCGUCCAUCUCUCAGAGGAGGAGUUCUUCCACCUCAGCUCUUAUUUUGAUGCCAACACCACAGGGAAGAUCUGCUACAACAGCUUCCUCUGGGCUUUUCUUCACUGA